ACUGCGCCACAGUACCUCGUUGGAAAUGGCAGCGUAUUUUGGCGGGCGAGGCGCUUCAAGCCGCAUGCAGGACGAAGACAUUUUACAAGUGUUGGGUGACGGCAAUGAUUCGGACAUUGAGUGUUUUGACGACUCUGACGACGAGGAACCGUUUUUUGAUCCUGCUGUCUUGAACAAUAUAGGUGACCUUGGUUUACCCGAAGAUCCUGCUGAAAAUCAAGGUAUGACCAGGUGGAAGGCAUUCUAGUACUAGACCAGUCCAUACCAGCACCUUCUUCCGUAGUAUCAACUGCUAAACGUCCGUGUCGCUCUGGUUCACGCCCUAGUCGCUGGAGAGUUACUUCGUUUGAAGAUAAGCAGCAUACGUACCUUGAACGACCUAUGAAAUCGAUAAGACAACCAAUUAAUUACCUGCAAGAUUACUUUGAUGACCAGUUUUAUGAAAUGGUCAGUACUUGCACAAAUUUAUAUUAUUUGAGAAAGACUGGGAGUGAAUUAAAAACUACGAAGUCUGAGAUACAGAAACUUUUUGGUAUUCAUAUUUUAAUGGGAUGUAUUCCAUUCCCAAGGCUACCUAUGUACUGGAGUAGUGGCAUUUCCCUAGAAAAAAUAACUAGCAAAUUGAGCCGUGAUCGAUUCUUACAAUUACGAAAUGCAUUGCAUGUAGUAGGCACUGAUACUGCACCACCUCAACAGGCGACAAAUACGUUGUGGAAAGUCCAACCUAUGAUAACUCAAGUUCGCAAUGGUUGUAACAAGCAAGAAAGGGUUCCAGGGUACUACUCUAUCGAUGAGCAGAUGAUCCCAUUCACUGGUCGAUGUCCAUUGAGACAAGUUGUUAAAAAUAAACCACGACCAGUUGGUCUCAAAAACUAUGUCCUCACAACAAGUGAUGGGCUUAUGUUAGACUUUGACAUUUAUCAGGGGGCUAGGACAAUGUUCGGGGACACUAAUCUUGGUCUUGGACCCUCUGUAGUUUUGCACUUAUCAAGAAGCGUUCCCGAAGGAAGUUGUUUAUAUCACGACAGACAUUUCACCACCAUUCCAUUAAUAGAAGAAUUACAAAAUCGGAACCUACACAGCACAGGAACUAUCAUGGCGAAUAGAAUACCAGAAAAGACUAGUUUAAAAUUCAAGAAGGAUGGUCAAAUGUAUCGUGGUGAGAGCCAGCAGAUGGUAAGGGACCCUACAGUAUUGGUAAAGUGGAAAGACAAUAAAUCUGUUUUGAUAGCUUCUAACUGCACUGGAUCUAACUGUACUGAAAUUGUUAAAAGGUGGGAUAAGCGAACUCGCACCUAUGUUGAUGUGACUGCACCAAAAGUAAUUCAAAAUUAUAACCGAUACAUGGGAGGAGUGGAUGUUCUCGACCAACAGGUUGAAUACUACCGAACAUUCAUAAAAACUCGGAAAUGGACACUAAAAGUACUCAUCCACUUUUAUGAUUUAGCUCUAGUCAACGCUUGGCGCGCUUACAAAAUAGAUUGCAUUACCAAUAAUUACAGACGGAAUAAAACACUAGAUUUAUUAGACUUUCGCCUUGAGAUAUCUGAGGUCUUACUGAGUUCCCCUGAAAAACGUCGCACUGAAGGCAUGGAGGAAGUUGAAAACAUAAUGCUGAGGAAAUUUAAAAAAGCUCUAAUGCCAUCGGCAACACUACGGUACGAUGGGUAUGAUAAUUUGCCAGUAUUCGAUGAUCUAAAAUCGCCUAGAUUUUGCCAAUUAGAAACAUGUAAAAGCCGCACAAAAAUUCGUUGCUUAAAAUGUAACGCUUAUCUUUGUGUAAUUCGAGGAUAGAAUUGCUUUAAAAAAUUUCACUGUAAAUAAUUGUUUUUUUUAUUUAAUUUUUUUAAUAAUGUUCCAAAAAUGUUUUUAGAUAAUAAUUGUUACUACUUUUGUUAAAUUUUCAUGAUUACUUUAACGUUUAAUUACUAUAAUGUGAUUUAAUUACAUAAAAAGUUUCAGUUAAUGUUUAAUAACUAAAUGUUCCUUUGAUACUCAUUAAUAAUAAUAAUUAAGACUGAUUAUUGUAAUACUUCAUUUUUCUAAAAAUAAUUAUUUAAUU